UGGAACCUCGAAAGCCUGGAGCCCUCACACCUCCCCAGGGCCGGAAGCCCUGGAGCUCGGAGAGGACACACCUCUGAAGUGGGCACCACUGAGACUCAGUCAGGGGCCCCCGGAGACUGAGCGGCACCUUGGGCUUGGGGCUAGGACACCAUGAACCCCAACAGGGACCCGCAGGACAGUCCUGAGGUCGAAUCGGGGAGAAUGGGAUGGGCGCCUCAGGCCCAAGAAGUUUUGAAAGACACUUCCCUCUACUUCUCCAGGGAGGAGUGGGUGAAAGUGGGAGACUGGGAGAAAGGCGGGUACUGGAAUGUGAAGAGGAACUCUGAUGCGCUCACCAGCCUAGGUCUCAGGGCCCCCCAAGCAGCUUUCCUGUGUCACCACAGCAGGCAGGCCACUGAGCUCCAGGAGGAGGACCCUGAGAACUCGGAUGAAGAAUGGGCUCCAAGGCAGCCAGUGAAACCUUCCUGGGUGGCCUGCAGAAGGGCACAGAGUAAACACCAGAAGGCAACAUCCAGGGUGCCAUUAAGCAAUGAAGACAGUUUGAAGGAAUUGUCAGGAACAGCGAAUUCAAUGACUGCAAGUGACUCAGAGAAUGGCCAGAAACCAGUGUCCCCUCCUGGAGAAGCGUGUGCCUUUGGAAAGCACACUAGACAAAAAUCAAAACUCAGGAGAAAGGAGAUGGACAUGAAGAUGUAUAGCCUACGAGAAAGAAAGGACUGUGUGUACCAGGAGGUCGAGCCCCAGGAUGAUGACUACCUUUAUUGUGAGAAGUGUCAGAACUUCUUCAUCAACAGCUGUGUGGUGCAUGGACCCCCUACAUUUGUAAAGGACAGUGCAGUGGACACUGGGCAUCCCUACCGCUCAGCCCUCACUCUGCCCCCUGGAUUGAGAAUUGGGCCAUCGGGCAUCCCUGAGGCUGGGCUUGGAGUGUGGAAUGAGGCAGCUGAUUUGCCUGUGGGUCUGUACUUUGGCCCUUAUGAAGGACACAUCACAGAAGAUGAAGAGGCAGCCAAGAGCAGAUACUCCUGGCUGAUUACCAAAGGGAGAAACUGCUAUGAGUAUGUGGAUGGAAAGGACAGAUCCUGGGCCAACUGGAUGAGGUAUGUGAACUGUGCCCGGGAUGAUGAAGAGCAGAACCUGGUGGCCUUUCAAUACCACAGGCAGAUUUUCUACCGAACGUGCCGUGUCAUCAGGCCAGGCUGUGAGCUGCUGGUCUGGUGUGGGGACGAGUAUGGCCAGGAGCUGGGCAGCAAGUGGGGCAGCAAGUGGAAGAGAGAACUCAUAGCCAGAAGAGCAGAACAAAAGCCAGAGGUGCACCCAUGUCCCUCCUGCUCUCUGGCCUUCUCCAGUCAGAAAUUCCUCAGCCAUCACGUGAAACUCAGUCAUCCCUCUCAGAUUCUCCUGGGAACAUCUGCAAGAAGACCCCUCCAAGCAGAGGAACCCUGUCCAGAGGAUCAGAGUCAGCAGCAGCAACAUACUAGUACACAGAGCUGGAAUGAUAAAGCUGGAGGUCAAGAGGUCAAAGAAAGUUCCAAACCUUUGCUUAAAAGGAUCAGUCAGAGGAGAAUCUCAAAACCCUUUUUCCAACUUUCCAGAGAAGAAAUGAGCUCUAGUGAGCAUGAAACAAUGACGGAGGAAGAGCCCCACAGAGGCCAGAAAGAAAAUCCAGAGGACACAGGCAAGUUAUUUGUGGAAGUAGGAAUGUCAAGAAUUGUAACAAUUGAGCAUGGAGGGUGUUGGCAGGGCUUCAGUGAUGGGUCCCAUCUCAUCACACACCAGGGGACACACUCAGGGGAGAAGCCCUAUGUUUGCAGUGAGUGCGGGAAAGGCUUUACAAAGAAGUCAGUUCUCAUCACUCACCAGAGGACACACUCUGAUGAGAAGCCCUAUGUUUGCAGAGAGUGUGGGCGAGGUUUUCUCUGGAAGUCACAUCUCAUUGCACAUCAAAGGACACAUUCUGGGGAGAAGCCCUAUGUUUGCAGAGAGUGUGGGAAAGGCUUUACCUGGAAGUCAGUUCUCAUUGCACACCAGAGAAUACACUCUGGGGAGAAGCCCUAUGAUUGCAGGGACUGUGGGCGAAGGUUUACAUGGAAGACAGCUCUCAUCAAACACCAGAGGACACAUACUGGAGAGAAGCCCUAUGUUUGUCGGGAGUGUGGGAACGGCUUUACACAGUUGUCACAUCUCAUCGCACACGAGAGGACACAUUCUGGGGAGAAGCCCUAUGUUUGCAGGGAGUGCGGGAGAGGCUUUGCCUGGAAGUCAGUUCUCAUCACACACCAGAGAACACACUCUGGGGAGAAGGCCUAUGUUUGCAGGGAAUGUGGGAAAGGCUUUACACAGUUAUCAUACCUUAUAACACACCAGUGGACACACUCAGGGGAGAAGCCCUAUGUUUGCGGGGAAUGCGGGCGAGGCUUUACACGGAAGUCAUACCUCAUCAUACACCAGAGAAUACACUCUGGGGUGAAGCCUUAUAUUUGCAGGGAGUGUGGCCACAGCUUUACACGGAAGUCACAUCUGGUUGUACACCAGAGGACACACUCUGGGGAAAAGCCCUAUGUUUGCAGGGAGUGUGGACGAGGCUUUACGCAAAAGUCAGUUCUCAUUGUACACCAAAGGACACAUUCUGGGGAGAAGCCCUAUGUUUGCAGGGAGUGUGGGCGAGGCUUUACACGGAAGCCAUAUCUCAUUGUUCACCAAAGGACACACUCUGGGGAGAAGCCCUAUGUUUGCAGGGAAUGUGGGCGAGGCUUUACCUGGAAGUCUGUUCUCAUCACACACCAGAGGAUACACUCAGGGGAGAAGCCCUAUGUGUGCAGGGAGUGUGGGCGAGGCUUUACGCAGAAGUCAUAUCUCAUGAAACACCAGAGGACACACUCAGGGGAGAAGCCCUAUGUUUGUACGGAGUGUGGGAAAGGUUUUAAAGAUAAGUCAGAUCUCAUUAGACACCAUAGGACACACUCAGGGGAGAAGCCCUAUGUUUGCAGAGAGUGCGGGCGAGGCUUUACACGGAAGUCAUAUCUCAUAAGACAUCAGAAAGCACACCCGGGAGAAGCUGUAUGUUUGCCGGUGAAGUAAGGGAGUCAUUACCAUUAAGUCACAUAGGAGUAGCCACAGGAAGUCUACAGUCCCUUACUCUUCCCAGGAUUGUAAAUAGAAAAGUAACUGUUUAAACCAACCCUCCAGCUUCAUGACGAGAUGAAAUGGACAAACAAUUCCAUAGUGAUAUGGGGACGUCAGCAACAAACUCAUUCAUGGUUUUUUGACCUAUUCUAAAAUUUUUAUCUCCAUACAUAUCCCUCAAUUUCCCUAUCACUGAAAGCAGGAAGUUCCUGAAGGGCCACAAAGAACAUAAACACUAACUCCUACAUAUAUGUAAACCUGGAGUCAGUGCUUUGUUUACUGACCAGAGAGAGGAAUUGGAGACACUUCUGGGGGAAGGGAAUUCCCCAGACUCCUGGGAAGGGGACCUUUUCUCCUAAUCAGCUCCCUACCCCUCCUUUCUUGGCUUCUCUUGGCUCUUCUUCUAGUUUCCUACAACCUCUGGAGCUUCAGAGGUUAAGAGCAGGGAGCAAUGUGUGCUGGUGGACAGACAUUAGCCUGGCUCAGUCUGGGCACCUCAUUCCUUGCUGCCUUUUCAGGGUCAGCAUUUCCUGGUGCACAGCAUACAGGUUCCACAUCAGUCCAUAGUGGGUGUGAGUCUCAGCCUGCCUCUUACUCUGCACAAUGGAAAU